AUGUUCUACAAAACGUCUUCUCAGCUUUCACUCACAUUCUUCUUGGCGACAUCGGUCCAAUAUCACCGGACAGAUCCCUUUCAAGGCGUACAAGCAUAA